AUCCAUGGCUUCUGAUGUAGUUAUAUCUAUUUCUAGUGUAAAACAUUGGAUGAAAAAUCGGAAAUGCAGUUAAGGUUAAAUCGACGCGUAACAUGUCUUAAUACUGCGAGCGCGUGGGGGGAAUUAUGAACUUAACGUCAUUUCUGUUCACGUCUGAAAUACGAUUGAAACUAACUAAAUACAAAAUAACAUUAAGACCAUACAGGAAAGUACGUUGAUAAUUUUCUUACAUUUGAAUAACUUGUUGUGUGAACCUCUUUCAUUGAACUAAGCAUUAAUGUGCCUAGACAGUCUAGAUCUAUAAACUGUCAUUACUAAAAGUUUGACAUAUAUGUAAAUAAUGUUAAUCAGUUGAAUCCACUUCCAACUGAUCUCUGAAGAUUUUGUUUUUGUACCAAUUGUUUUUAUAUUGCUCCAAAGAUGCCCGAUGUAAGAAAGAGGAUAAAUUCCUUACUUUACGAUGAAGGAACUACUUACCGAACAGAUUACCAAAUCAUUCCCUUUAGAGAAUAUCCUAAAACGGUUUACCAGCCAAAAAAAAGCCGUUAUGUGAGGGGCAAACCAGCGUACAGAAAUGUGCAUACGUUGUCCGAAUGGAAGGGGCCUAUGCCACCCUUUAACGCACUUCUAAAGCCCAAAGACAUUUUGCAAACUAGACCUAGUGUGGUCCAACAGCCUUAUGAAAACCCAAUCGAUACUGACAGAGAGAUGGCCCAAAAAAUUCGUCCACGGCUGGUGAUGACACCAGCUGUCAGUAUGGAUGACAUUGCUGAUUCGCGAGCACGUGAUAUACUCUGUACGGACAUGUAUACGAGCGAUAUGUCGCGCGCAACAAAGGAGGCAGUCGCUCCGUACACUAAUGUACGAGCACCUUUUCCCGGACUGCCUGCGCCUGCUAAUCCUAUUGUGUUGCCGAAACUUCAGUCGCCUUUAGUAUCACCGGAGUGGCGAAUGGAGAGCGUUGCGUGGGAUGGACGACAACUUAGGGCCUAUUGUGACGUCACUAGAGAUUUCUGGCUGUCACAUGCUUUGCCUAGGUGUCGAGCUUGUGACGAAACUAAAAUAGUUAAAGAUCAUAGAGACAACUUACGAAAAAUGAAACGAGAUAGGUGAAGCUUGAAGAACAAUCUAAAGCCCUGCUCCAAUAUUCAAUCCACAGAAACUCUGCAUGUUGUAAUUUCUUUAAGUUUUUAGUUAUAUUUAUAUUUUUUAGUUUGUUCUUUAUUCUCAUAAAUUAAAUAAGCUUGUAACUGAAUUUUAUUUCGUAAUGAAAAUAAUCAAUACCUUAAACAUGUUGCAAUUACUGCAACAUCUGAAAAUAUUAAGAGAUAACAUAAGAACUAUGCCGUAGUUAUUAAAUCUCUCCUAGCAAUCUUAAGGUUAACUCUGAUGUUCUAUCUGAUUUGACAUCGAUCACAAAAUCCUACUCUU